AUGGCACCACGGUCAACACCUUACACCCAGCUCACCCCAGGCGCGGUUAUCCCUGACGACACAAAGUCCCGGAGCUCCAAUGUCCACGUCGUCUUCAACUUGGGCUACGCACACGCGCCCCACACGCACUCCGCGAGCAACGCCGCGAUCACUGCACGGCUCGACUCGCUGAGCUACGCCCCGAACCCGCAUCAGCAGGUCUACUCGUCGGGCUGCAACUUCCCCGCCUCAUUACCCACGGGCCACCGCGCCCCGCCCGCAAUCGUGUUCGUCGCAAAAGGCAAGCAGCAUCGAGGGAACUCAUACACCAUCGCUACUAGCUGUCAGGAUCCAGUCGAGUGUAUCGUUAUUGGCUAA